UAAACUCAACAUUGGUUUAUCCGCCCGGUCUUCUCUCUCUCAACUUUAUAGUAUCAUUUUUUCUCUUCCAUCGCCCGGUGGUUCUCCUCCCUCCCUUGAAUUCUCUCUUCUAUAUCUUUCUUCUUCUUAAACUCCAUUCCUCCCAAACAUGCUGAAAGAAGUCCCUAUUUCAGUUUUGAUUUUUGAAAUUGGUUGUUCCUAAAAAUUGUAUCUUUUACUUUUAGGCAGAGGAGGUGAUCUCAUCCAAAUGUGAGAAAUUUUCAUGUAACCCAGGGCUGCUUGCGGCAAUUUUCUCUACAGAUAAGUUUUAUGACCCUCUAAUCAAGUUUAAAACAUUAUAUGGUCAAGUAUUUUGUUCAUCAUUUGCAGACCAUUGAUAACACUGUUUGUGUAGGCUCUGUACGAAUCACUUUCGAUCUCUUCCUCUUCUCCUUUGAGAUCUUUCACUGAAUGCAUGUUCCUGCGCUUGCAUUUUGCUGAAGAUGACAGUGGAAUUGAACCUGCUGAUACAAUGCAAUUCAACUUGGAGACCAUAAGAAAGGUUACAAAUAACUUUUCCGACACAAAUAUUCUAGGACAAGGAGGAUUUGGACCUGUUUACAAGGGUAAGCUUUCCAAUGGACUAGAGGUUGCUGUGAAAAGGUUGUCUUCAAAUUCAGAACAAGGGGAUACAGAGUUCAAGAACGAGGUGCAGUUGGUGGCCAAGCUACAACACAUAAAUUUAGUCAGGCUACUUGGUCUCAGUUUGGAAAGAGAAGUUACUGGUCUAUGAGUUUGUUCCCAAAAAAAGCCUUGACUACUUUAUUUUUGGUAAGAACUUUUCUUGAUGUGUUGGCAGUGACCCCUUCACUGAUAUGGUAAGUGCAUAAUUCAGUUCUGAAGAAUGGUAAGUGCAUAAUUUAUGUAGAGAUGGUUAAAAAUGUUUUAUCUUGACAUGGGUUUGCAGAUUCAGUUAAGCGUGCACAUUUAGAUUGGUCAAUUUUGGUUGUAUAGUCUUGCUGAUUAGCAUGUUUACUGAAUGGCAUAUAUGAUAGCUAUCACUUUUUAAUAGCCAUUGCUCAUGUUAUGUCAGGUGGUUGAUAUAUUUCAUGAUAAUUCAUAUCUGUUUCUAUUGAAAAAAUUUAAUUCUCCCCAGAUAAUUAUAUCUAGAAGACUACAACUGAGAUGUUCACAACAUAAAAGUACUCAGUUCAUACUCAGGAUUUCAGAAGGUAUAAAUUCAAAAUAAUAGAAAAAUAAAUGGUUAAGCUUAUAAUUAUUGUUGAUCAUUUGUUUUUAAAAUUUUAAUAAUAAUAGUAGAAAUUAUGAUAGUUGCUCUAGAAGAUGGGAAUUAGGGUCAUAACUCAUCAGGGAAGUGGGAAAGAGAGGUACAUGAUAGUGAAUGUAAUUAGAUUUUCACUUGGAUGAACCAUUAAACAGGAAAAAAUUAUUUGACUAGAGAAGAUAGAAAAGGGAGGAGAGGACUGCAAUUGUAUUUUACUUAAAAAUUGUGCAUAGCUCCAGGCUGUUUCUUUGGCUGAAUGUAAUUAGAUUUUUAUUUGCAUUUAAUACUUCUAUUUUCCGUAGGUAAUGCGCACAGCUUGGACAGGUUUGACAUGAUUUGAUAACGUUAAGAGCUGCUUUGAAACUACAUCAAGGAAACUCGAUGAUUUCUUCAACGAAAUAGUAGAAGGAAGGAAGAGCUUUUGGACAUAUGCAGUCAUAGGGAGAAAUAAUUUUGGAUAAAGAAAAUGAACUAGAAAAAAAAUGUUAAAAAAUGAAGCAUUGUCAUCUUUAUUUUAAUGCAUUAAUCUUCAAUGAUGCAUGUUUUUUGUUAAGGCUUUCUUUAAGUGUUAUUUAUAAACUUGAGAAAGAAAUUUUAAGAGUUCUCUUGCUUUAAAGAAAACAUGAAUAUGUAGAGGUUGGUGACUUCAAUAAAAAGAAACAUCUUUCUAUCCGAAGGGAAGCAUUCUCUAUCU